ACGAUGAACGAAACACUUGGCGCUUGCUAUAAACUCGAUCCUGAUAUCGACAAGAUGACUUGGGCGGAAGCCGACUUGUUCUGUGCAAAAAACUUUGGGGCACGCUCGGCGUCUGUCACAUCUCCAGAGGAACGAGAAUUCAUUCGGACACUAACCGGAAAUGAUAAGAGUUGGUGGACAAGUGGCAACGAUCUGGGAACAGUUAACAAGUUUGCCUGGGCGGACAGCGGUAAAUUGAUGACCGAAGGUGCCUCUAGCCUGGGCAAGAACGCCCCGAACCAACGUUGCGUGAAGCUCCGGGAGGCCACGCUGAAACCAGAAGCGACACCUUGUAACGAGAUGCACAAUGUCAUUUGCAAGACGUUGAUAUAACUGGAAUCGGACCAUUCUUAACGCCGGAUGAGAGAGAUAAUGUCCAAUGAGAUAAAUAUUUAAACUUAUUAUAAUCAGAGGGUAUAUUUGAUAUUGUUGUGGGUUUCAGCUUAGAUGGAAUAUGUAUAAAAAUUGAUGAGACUGAAUUUCUACAGCGAAAUGACACACACGCACACACAACACACACACAUCAAUUAUUAAUACGGAAGCUU